UGGCUGAGUACACUUGCUUGUGAUUCCGACUAACUCACUAACAACUACACAAACAGACACCAUGGUGCAUAUGACUGAUGCUGAGAAGAAACUUGUCACCACUAUGUGGGGCAAGUUAGACGUGGAUGCUGCUGGUGCUGAGACCCUGGGCAGGGUUCUGGUUGUCUACCCAUGGACCCAGAGGUUCUUUGGCCACUUUGGGGACCUGUCCUCUGCUUGUGCUGUCAUGGACAAUCCUAAGGUGCAGGCUCAUGGCAAGAAGGUGCUGCACUCUCUCGGUGAUGGCCUGAAGCACCUGGACGACCUCAAGCAUUUCUAUGCUGCCCUGAGUGAGCUGCACUGUGACAAGCUGCACGUGGAUCCUGAGAACUUCAGGCUCCUGGGCAACGUGCUGGUGUGUGUGAUGUCCCGCCACCUUGGCGCUGAGUUCACCCCGCAGGUGCAGGCUGCCUAUCAGAAGGUGGUGGCCGGUGUGGCUAACGCUCUGGCUCACAAGUACCACUGAGAUGAUGAAUUUUUCACACUUCUAUUAAUUGGAAGCCUCUGCUUCCCCAUAUACUAUCUUUGAAUUUGGGGAACUAAUUCCCCUUAUCAAGGGCAUAACUUCUGCUUAAUAAACAGCUUUCAACACAA